AGCCAAGACGAGGAAGUCGUAGUUUAACCAGAAGUAAACGAGUGUAAUCACAGAUAUACUGCUUUGCUUAUACCAAAGUGUGUACAGAGGACACUGUGCUGAAUCCCUCACAUUCUCUCAAGUGGAGCGUCAGAAGAGAAAGCAGGAAACAUGGGUUACGGAAACAUCAUGGGUGUUGAAACCACUGGUGCCUCAUGGCAAACAUCGCAGCAGGACAGACUGGGAUACUCAGGAGUGAAGGCAUCACAAAGGAUGGCUGAGAUUGAUGCCGACAGAAUGGAGAAGUACAGGUCUAUAAUCAACAGAGUGGGAGGUAAAUAUGAUAUCGAUCCAGCUCUCAUCGCUGCCAUCAUCUCCAGAGAGUCCAGGGCUGGAAAUCAACUAAAGGAUGGCUGGGGAGAUGGGGGUAACGCCUGGGGACUGAUGCAGGUUGACGUGAAUCCACAAGGAGGUGGACACACUAAACGGGGUGCAUGGGACAGUGAGGAACACCUCUGCCAAGGCACCGAGAUCUUGGUUUAUUUCAUUGGACGGAUCGGCAGCAAAUUUUCUGGCUGGAACACGGAGCAGAAGCUGAAAGGAGGGAUAGCAGCCUACAAUAUGGGGGAUGGAAACGUCGAUUCCUAUGAAAAUGUUGAUGGCAGCACAACAGGUGGAGACUACUCCAACGAUGUGGUUGCCAGAGCUCAGUGGUACAAAACCAAUAAGGGCUAUUAACAGCUGAAGCUGUCCAAAACAUGAACCUGUAAAAAGCCUCUUACAGUUGAUGAUGAUGAUGUGUUCGUGUGUAAACAUCAUGCAAAGCCAAACGUCUGAUGAUAUCUCUGAUUAUUGAGCUGAGAGCUGUCAUCAUUUGCAGAAAGGAGAAAAGUAAUAUUCACUGUGUCCUUGUUUACGAACAAACUGCACUGCUGUUGAUGCUGCUUCAGGAUUGACAUGAUUUACCUAAUACUGUUCUUUUACCACAUUGAUUAUCGCAAUUUGUUUCAAUUGCAAAUGAGAGAUGUAAUAAAGUCCUUGUGUCACUG